AUGGCUGAUUUAAAAACAACCCUCGAUGCUGGUGGCCACUGUGUAUUGGAAAUGCCUUCCGGAACAGGCAAGACUGUUUCCCUCUUAUCCCUAAUCGUGUCGUACAUGCAGUUCUACCCUACGAAAAGAAAGUUGAUAUAUUGUUCACGUACUGUACCCGAGAUUGAGAAGGCUUUGGCGGAGUUGAAGAGAUUGAUGGAAUAUCGAGCGGAAAUGGGUGCGAAUGAUGGGGAAUUUAGGGGAUUGGGUUUGACUAGUAGAAGGAAUUUAUGUUUACAUCCCGAAGUGAGCAAAGAGAAAAAAGGGAAAAUCGUCGAUUCGAGAUGUCGUGAUUUGACUUCAGCGUUUGCUUGUGAGAAAGGGAGGGCGAAUCCUGGUAGUGUACCUCUGUGUAGUUAUCAUGAGGAACUGAACAAUUACGAAACCGGAAAUCUAAUACCACCCGGCAUAUACACUAUUGACGAUGUGAAGAAGUACGGGAAAGAAAAAGGAGUUUGUCCUUAUUUUACUAUACGUAGAAUGUUACCUUUUUUGGACGUCGUGAUUUAUUCGUUUCAUUAUCUUUUAGAUCCGAAAGUCGCUGAACAGGUAUCUGCGGAAAUGAGCAAAGAGAGUAUAGUGGUUUUUGAUGAAGCGCACAAUAUAGAUAAUGUCUGCAUCGAAUCUUUGUCGAUCGACUUGACUAGGCCGAUGUUGGAUUCUGCAGCUAGAAGUGUCAACAAGAUAAGCGAUAAGAUUGCAGAGAUCAAAGAAACGGAUUCGCAGAAAUUGGAAGAUGAGUAUAAGAAAUUGGUAGAAGGACUACAAGAAGCCAACGAAAAGCGUGAAGAUGAAGAUAUGCUUGUUAGUCCGGUAUUAUCGAAGGAUAUGCUGGAUGAAGCCGUACCGGGAAAUAUACGGAAGGCAGAACACUUUAUUGCUUUCUUAAAGAGGUUUAUAGAGUACCUGAAGACGAGAAUGAGAGUGUUACAUGUUGUUGCGGAAACACCACAGAGUUUCUUGGCGCAUUUGAAGGAGAUUACAUAUAUUGAGAAGCGUCCAUUGAAGUUCGCUGCGGAACGUCUGACAUCGCUUGUGCGAACUCUGGAAUUAACAAAUAUCGACGAGCAUUACUCGUUACAGAAAGUAGCAUCGUUCGGUACUCUGGUGGCGACGUAUGAGAAGGGCUUCUUACUCAUCUUAGAACCAUAUGAGACGGAACAUGCUACAGUGCCGAAUCCAAUAUUCCACUUCACAUGUCUCGAUCCAUCAUUAGCUAUUGCGCCGGUGUUCGAGCGGUUCUCAUCAGUAGUCAUUACAUCGGGAACCAUCUCGCCUCUCGAUAUGUAUCCCAAGAUCCUACAAUUCCGACCAGUGACCGAACAAUCCUAUCCUAUGACUCUGACGAGAAACGCGUUCUUGCCUAUGGUAAUUACAAGAGGAUCAGAUCAAGUACCAAUAUCAUCGAGGUUCGAAGUGCGAAACGAUCCUGCGGUGGUCAGGAAUUUCGGUAGUAUCCUCAUUGAUAUGGCCAAAACUGUCCCGGACGGUGUGGUGGCAUUCUUCCCUAGUUAUCUGUAUAUGGAAAGUAUAGUUUCCGCUUGGUACGAUAUGGGUAUCUUGAGUGAAGUAUGGAAACAUAAAUUACUAUUUGUCGAAACGCCCGAUGCUAUGGAGACGUCCAUUGCCCUGAGGAACUAUAGAGAAGCAUGUAACAAUGGUAGAGGGGCUGUGAUGCUUUCGGUAGCUCGAGGUAAAGUGUCGGAAGGGAUAGAUUUCGAUCAUAAUUAUGGAAGAGCGGUGAUAAUGUUUGGAAUACCGUAUCAAUAUACCGAAUCGCGUAUACUCAAAGCUAGAUUAGAAUUCCUGAGAGAUAAUCACAGGAUCAGAGAGAACGAUUAUCUAACUUUCGAUGCUAUGAGACAUGCUGCUCAGUGUGUAGGAAGAGUAUUGAGAGGUAAAACUGAUUGGGGUUUGAUGGUGUUUGCUGAUAAGCGAUUUGCAAGACAAGACAAACGAGCGAAAUUACCUAAAUGGAUAAACGCCUAUAUAACUGAAGCUCAUUCCAACUUAUCUACCGAUGUGGCUAUAUCGCUGGCCAAGAAAUUCAUUAGACAGAUUUCUCAACCUUUUGAUCAUACUCAGACUGGAAUCAGUCUAUGGACAUUGGAAGAUAUCGAGAGAAGACAAUUGCAAGAUAGAGAAGAUGCUGAAAAAGCGGAACUGGAGCUCAAACAAUCUUUAGGUAAAAAUCAUCGUAACGCGGUAGAAGAUGAUGUGGAUGUGGAUGUUGAUUUCGUCAUGGAUGAUUAUGAUGGGGUAGUAGAUGAUGAGGAGUUGGCGAGGUUGGAUAUACCUGAUGAUAUGUAG